AUGGUUCUCGACCGCCUCCAGCAGUUGACCUACCAGGUCAAGGCGACUGCCCCGCCCCCUCAUCCCUUCGAUCCUCUAUCAACAUCUGAGAUCGAUACCGCUGUUGCAAUCAUUCGCAAAGACUCCGAGCAUGGCUCACUCAACUUCAAUGCUGUUACGCUAUAUGAGCCGCGCAAGGCUCAGAUGAUGGCCUGGCUGGAAAAUCCAGAAACCGCCCCUCGCCCAGCUCGCUGCGCCGAUGUUGUUGCGAUCGCACCCGGUGGAAAUGUCUAUGAUGGUGUAGUGGACUUGGACCAGAAAAAGGUCCUGGAGUGGAAGCAUACACCAAAUGUUCAGCCUCUUAUCACGAUGGAGGAUUUGCAGGAGGUCGAGUCAAUUGCACGCAAAGAUCCGAAGGUCAUUGAGCAAUGUGGAAUAAUCGGUAUCCCACCAGAGGAUAUGCACAAGGUGUAUUGUGAUCCUUGGACUAUCGGCUACGACGAAAGAUUCGGUACUGGUGUGAGACUGCAGCAGGCUCUCAUGUAUUAUCGCCCUCAUAUCGAUGACUCCCAGUACACAUAUCCACUGGACUUUUGCCCGAUUUUCAAUUCCGAAACAAAACAGAUUAUUCACAUAGAUGUGCCCCCGGUACGGAGACCUUUAAGCAAAUCACUGCCUAACAACUACCUCCCAGAGUCCAUUGAGAAGGAGGGUGGAUUCCGGACUGAUAUCAAACCAAUCCAUAUCACCCAGCCUGAGGGUGUAUCCUUCCAAGUGAAGGACCGCAUCAUUGAGUGGCAAAACUGGAAUAUUCAUGUCGGUUUUAACUACCGAGAAGGCAUUGUGCUCAACAACAUCACAUUCAAUGAUAAGGGAAACGUUCGACCAAUUUUCUAUCGACUUUCACUGGCGGAGAUGGUUGUUCCAUACGGUAAUCCGGAGCACCCACAUCAACGAAAGCAUGCAUUUGACCUGGGAGAGUACGGUGGUGGUUAUAUGACGAAUAGUCUGUCUCUUGGAUGCGACUGCAAGGGUGCGAUUCAUUACAUGGAUGCAGCAUUCGUCAACCGCGCAGGUGCUUCUACGACAAUCAAGAACGCCAUUUGCAUUCAUGAAGAGGAUGCAGGUAUUCUGUUCAAGCACACUGACUUCCGUGAUGAAUCAAUGGUCGUAACUCGAGGCCGAAAGUUGAUUGUUUCCCAUAUCUUCACUGCAGCCAACUAUGAGUACUGCGUCUACUGGAUCUUCCAUCAAGAUGGUACCGUCCAGCUGGAGAUUAAGCUUACCGGAAUUUUGAACACAUACUCGAUGAACCCUGGCGAGGACACCAAGGGCUGGGGCACUGAAGUUUACCCAGGUGUUAAUGCUCACAACCAUCAGCAUUUGUUCUGUUUACGUGUCGAUCCAAACAUUGACGGCCCGAACAACACAGUCUUCCAGGUUGAUGCUGUGCAAGGCCCUGGAGAGGUUGGUAGCGCAGAGAACAAGUAUGGCAAUGCCUUCUAUGCAAAGAAGACCAAAUAUAGCACUCCACUCGAGGCCAUGUCUGAUUAUAACGGAAACACCUCCCGUACCUGGGAUAUGGCGAACACAAACAAGCUCAACCCAUACAGCAAGAAGCCCGUUUCUUAUAAGCUGGUGAGUCGUGAUGUCCCGCCGCUUCUUCCAAAGCCCGGUGGCCUGGUCUGGAAGCGAGCUGGAUUUGCACGUCAUGCAGUGCACGUUACCAAAUAUUCUGACGAGGAGAUUCACCCUGCCGGCCGUCACGUACCACAGACUUCCGGAGAGCCUUCAUCUGGCUUGCCAGCUUGGAUCGAGGCGGCAGGUCCAAACUGCUCAAUUGACAACACUGAUGUUGUUCUGUGGCACACAUUUGGUUUGACUCAUUUCCCAGCACCUGAGGAUUACCCUAUCAUGCCUGCUGAGCCGAUGACACUUCUUUUGCGUCCUCGGAACUUCUUUGACAGGAAUCCUGUCCUCGACGUUCCACCCAGCUACGCGCGAUCUCCAUCGCAGGUGGCUGCCGGAACGAAUAACUGUGCAUGCAAGAAAAAUGACGGAUCUAGCGUUUUAGUUUGA